GACAACCCGAGCACACUGCUUUACGGCAGCGCUUCGGCGAGUGCUUGUUUCCACGUGGACCGCCGAGAAGGAGAAGAAGGUCUGGUCCGGCCGCCAUGAAGCGACCUAAGUUGAAGAAAGCUAGUAAGCGCAUGACCUGCCACAAACGUUAUAAAAUACAGAAAAAGGUACGAGAACACAAUAGAAAACUCCGAAAAGAAGCCAAGAAACAUAGGCACAAAAAGCCAAAGAAAGAUCCUGGGGUUCCCAAUGCCGCCCCAUUUAAAGAAGAGGUUCUUCGGGAAGCUGAACAAAGGAAGCAACAGCGUGAAGAAUUGAAACAGAAGCAAAAACUUGCUCGGCAGAAGGAACUAGAAAAGAAACGUAACCAACAAGCAAAUAAAAAGGAUGCUAGUGAUGAGAAAUCAACUACAAAACAAAAAACAAAAUCCAAACAGCAGGUAGAAAAAAAUUCAAAAACAUCAUUUUGCGGGGAGUUAAAAAAGGUGAUUGAGGCUUCAGAUGUAAUACUUGAAAUCUUGGAUGCUAGAGAUCCUCUAGGCUGUAGAUGUCCACAGGUUGAACAACUUGUUGCUCAGUCUGAUGGAAGGAAAAAAUUACUUUUGGUUUUAAAUAAAAUUGAUCUGAUACCAAAAGAAAACUUAGAGAAUUGGUUAAGUUAUUUAAAUAAAGACCUUCCAACUAUUGCUUUUAAAUCUGCAAUGCAGAUAAAAGACAAAACUGUGCAAGAGAAAAAAAAUACAAAAAAACAUAGUGCAUAUCUAGAGUUAUCAAGAGCAAACAAAUGCUUUGGGAGUCAGUGCCUCCUGAAACUUCUUCAAGGAUAUGGUAUGACAAAAGAUAACGUUAUACAGGUUGGGGUGAUAGGUUUUCCAAACGUGGGGAAAAGCAGCAUAAUCAAUAGUCUGAAAGAGGUGCGCGCCUGCAACGUGGGACCACAGAGAGGCCUAACAAAGUGCGUACAAGCAGUGCACAUUGACAAACAUAUCAAGAUGUUGGAUAGUCCCUGUAUAAUUGCAGCACCUUCAUGCUCUGCUCUAGCUCUAGCACUGAGAAGUGUCACACAUGCUGAAAAUCUACUUGAUUCAGUAGAUGCUAUUCUGAAGCACUGCAGGAAACAGCAGGUCAUGUUACACUAUAACAUCCCAGAUUACAGGAAUUCUCUGGAGUUUUUAACUUUGCUUGCUCGAAAGAGAGGAAUGUUGAAAAAAGGUGGUCUUCCUGAUACAGAAGGUGCAGCUAAGUUAUUGCUCUGUGACUGGACAGGUGCUAGAGUUAGUUACUAUUCUCGACCUCCUGAACCAUGGAAUCUGUCUCCACAUCUUUCCAAGGAAGGGGUAGCAGCAGCGCAGGAGGGGUUUAAUUUUCAGGAACUGGAAGAAGAUAACCAAAAUACUGUAAAAGUUAACAAAUACCCUAACCAAGCAAGCACUAUUGUCUUCCAAUCUCCUGGCUUCACGGAUGGCAUCAUUGAAGAUAAUGAACAGCCAGAGGAAGCUCUGGAACUAGAGAACAUGGAAGAAAAUGAUGAAGAAUUAACUGAAGAAGAAAUUGAGGAUGAUGAAAGUGAUCUUGAAGAUGCAGAAGAGGAAAGUGACAGAAUAAUGAGUAGUCAAGCACCCUCUGAAGAGCUGAAAGCAACUAAUGCCAACUGGGACAAGUUACCUACAGAUGAUAAACAACCCAAAUCUGGUGAUCUGGAUGAUGCCUAUGAUUUCAAUACUGAUUACAUGUGAAGAAAAUAUUAGAAAUUCCGAGUAUUUUUCACAUUCUGGAAUGCAUUCCUAAUCAGUUUUUGCAGCUGCUGAACACCAGAUUCUUGUAAAUAAUACUUUGGAAGUAGCAGCUGAUGAGGAAAGAUAUUUUCUGACUUAGUAAAUUAUAUUCAGUAAAUAUGUUUA